UAAAUGUAAAGCGUGCUGGGCUGCAUGGGGUUAUUGACAACGAACAGCCCCGGUAGGCCACGGCUAUCCUGAUACAAUGCAAAUGCGAGCAGCCAUGCCAGGCCGAGAAACAGUGUGGUCCAUAUUCGUUACGGAUAGGAAGACGAAGAGGAACAAGCACAUCCAGUUGAUCCAAUGGCGACGUGCAAAAUGCUUCGCAAUUGCGUCCAGUUCGGGCAACGCAAGCUUCUCAUGGUAAUUCAAUGCGCGCUGCAAGACCAGGUCAGCGUUAUCCAGCCUCCAUUGCUUUCACUGGAAUUAAGCAAGAGCAAUGGAGUGUGUUCUCACCGAGUCCCUCCACCAUUCGGCUUCAGCCACGACGCUGAACGCCAGGCUUGCAUGUACGGUGCUCCGAUGUGUGAAGGUGUGCCUGCCUGGUGCCGAGUUCACGGUGCCGCUCGCCGCCUCAGCGACCUCGCCCAUCAGCAGAAGAGCUAAACUCAG